CCUAAUCCACCUCAUCCCACCACCGCAGCUCAGAGGAGGACUUCUUCCCCAACACUUCCUUCCUGCAGCCUUCGUGCAGCCAUGUUCCGCAAUUCUUACGACUCAGACGCUACCGUCAUCUCACCACAGGGUCGCCUCCACCAAGUCGAAUACGCACUCGAAGCCGUAAAGCAAGGAAGCGCAGUUGUUGGCCUUCGCUCAAAGAAGCACGCAGUUCUAGUAGCUUUGAAGCGUGCUCCAUCCGAGCUUGCCUCGCACCAGCAGAAACUCCUCUCCAUUGACUCUCACCUCGGCAUCGGAUUUGCAGGAUUGACAAAUGAUGCUAGAGUGCUAAGCAACUAUAUGAGGCAGCUGGCCCUCAGCAGCCGGAUCGUCUAUGCUCGUCCUCUACCCCUGUCUCGCAUUGCAGGCUCACUGGCAGAUCGAGCCCAGCUCAACACGAUUGAAGCCGGACGUCGCCCAUAUGGAGUGGGCUUCCUCAUCAUCGGACACGACGGACUGGGCCCUCAUCUCUACGAGUUCUCGCCCGUAGGAACAUGCUUCGAGUACCAUGCAAUGAGUCUGGGAGCAAGGAGUCAGAGCGCGAAGACCUACUUGGAGAGGAGGCUAGAUGAGUACAAAGAUGAGGAGGACCUGGAGAAGGUCGUACUACAUGGACUGUACGCCUUGAGGGAGACGCUGCAACAGGGCAAGGAGGUGAGUGUCAGGAGUAGAGGAGUGUUCCACAAAGUGUCCAUAUGGGCUUUCUGACAGGUCUAUCACCGUUCUAUCUCUCAGCUUGACCCUCAAACAGUCUCGAUUGCAGUCGUGGGCCCAGGUUCAGAUCUCUCACCAGCAGAGCGUGCACUGACUGGACUGGAGAAGCCCGAGAAGUUCCGUGUGGUAGAGGGUGACGAGCUGAG